AACGAGGUGCCCUGACCAUAGACAGUGCCUAUAAGCGCUAUGGAGUCAACAACGUUGUGCUUAAGGGACUCAACAUGAAUGUGCCACAAGGAGCCAUUUAUGGACUUCUAGGACCCAGCGGUUGCGGCAAAACAACGCUUUUGAAUUGUAUAGUUGGAAGAAUGAAUCUGGACUCUGGUCAAAUCCGUAUGCAGGCAAAGAAGAAGAGUGAUGUUGGAUACAUGCCACAGGAUGUGGCACUCUACUAUUUGACAAUAAAGGAGACAUUCAAUUACUAUGGUGGCAUGUAUGGUAUGACUAUGGAAGAGGUUGACAACAGAUCAGAGGAAGUCAUAAAACUGCUUGAACUGCAUCUGAUGAACAGUAUUGUGGACACAUUGAGUGGUGGUCAACAGAGGAGGGUUUCAUUUGGAGCUCUUCUCCAUGAUCCACAGCUAUUGAUUCUCGAUGAACCAACAGUUGGACUAGAUCCUCUACUAAGCCAAAGCAUAUGGGACCUGAUGAAAUUGGCGGGUCAUCACAAGAAGAGUAUCAUUAUUACAACACAUUAUAUUGAAGAGGCGAGGAAUGCAAACAUUGUGGGUAUGAUGAGAGGUGGCUGCCUAUUGGCUGGCUCUCCACUGCAGCUGAUGUCCACCCAUGGUGCAGCCACGCUGGAGCAGGCUUUCCUCAGUCUCUGUCAGAACAGUACAGCUCGUCAGAGGAUGAGCUACAAAAUGAUGAUGUUUCUGUUCGGACUACCCCUACUCCAAUGCACUCUGUACAACCUGGCCAUAGGGAGGGAUCCGGAAGGGCUGAAGGUGGCCAUUGUCAAUGGAGAACUGAAACACGGCCUCAAAGACUGCGCGCAAUACCCACUCACUGGAUGCAACCUCGAUCUACCGCUCAGCUGUCGAUACAUCAAUCAAAUCAAAAUGAAAACUAUAAAUCUUGUGAGUAGAUUACCCAGCCAAUUUUUCUCUAUUAUUAAAUCUCUCUUUUUUUUGUUUGUCUUAUAGAUGUUCCACUGCUUAGUUUGCAUAUUUACUCAUGGUUUGAGCUGAUUGAAUUAUGAAUAGGAUAGAUACCAUAGAUUGCUUGAUCAGAAAUAAAAAGAAUAUUUUACAAUCCACCAUAU